UUCAGCGAAUUAAUCAUCAUUCAUUGAUUAAUUCUAUGCUACAUCAACAGAUGUUAUUCAUGGUUAAGUUGCUCCUAGUAAAUUCCAAUGAGCGUUGGCCAAGUGCCAGUUCAGACCAACCAAAGUGACUGUUACUGAGAUCACUUUAACCUGGCACUGUGUCCGGUAUGCACUUGUUGAGAAAAGUACAAACAACUAGCUAAAGGCUGACUGGCAGCUGAUACUCAAUGCUCCUAUUCGACUGCAGCAGGAGGGAAGAGGAAGAAGGCUCUACUGACAAAGUAAGUCCCUACUUUGCUAAUUUUGUCUUUGCAAAAACCACCUGUCCCCUUUUGUCCUCCCUAUAGACUUUCUAUGUCCUCUCCCUCCUUUACAGGAGGAUGAUCUGGCGAAUACGGCGUCGCUCCAGGACAAUCUGUCUGUCCUUGGCGCUUUUCUCCAUUGUCCUGCACCUCCUUCUGGCGCUUGCCUCGCUAUCCUUGUACCGCCAGCCCUGUGACCUUCUGCUGGCCCCAGGGACACAUGUCUCCAAACACCUGCUAAACAAAAGCAACUUCACGGGUAUUGACCGACCGACCAAAUUACCAGCUGAUACCAAGGACCGUGUUGGAACAUUUCGUGACAAACUCCUGUCAGCGAAAGGUGGAAGGAUUCCGCCAGUGAAAGAGCCCCUUGUUGAAUACGUGGCGGCUGGCCUGUCAAAACUGGCGGCGCUGUUUGACCAUCCCCUUUACAAUGUUCCCACCUCGGCUACAACUGAAGAUGACUGGCUGCUGAAGGUCAAACCAAAGAUGAAGUCUGAAAGGAGUUCACAGAUCUGGGCAAGUGCGAGUGAGGAAGGCUACGACAAUGUCCACUGGAACAGCAGCAGCAACACCCACCCCCCCUGGCUGCGCUUUCACCUCGGCAUAUCACGCUGGCAACUCUACCCCCAUAAGGACCCCAACAUGGACUCUGUGAUCCAACAGCUCGCCACUCACCACAUCGUUAGUGCAGUGCAAAAGAGUGGAGGUACACAGCUGAAGCUGGUGAUGUCAUUCCCAAACUACGGGCAGGCGAUGUUCAAACCCAUGAAGCAGCAGAGAGAUGAGGAAACAGACUACAACCUCUACUACUUCUCUGACUUUGAGCGACACAAUGCUGAAAUUGCAGCCUUUCACUUGGACAGGAUUUUGGGUUACAGGAGAGUUCCUCCUGUCGUCGGGAGGCAAGUGGACGUGGUCAAAGAGAUCAAAGACAUCACCACUGAUCACAAGCUGGCUCGGACGUUUUUUAACUCCCCCGUGGGGAACGUGUGCUUCUACGGCCAGUGCUCCUACUACUGUUCAACAGAGCACGCCAUAUGUGGCCAGCCAACGAACCUGGAGGCCUCCUUGGCCCUCAUGCUACCCGACCUGUCCCUUGCCACCCGGAGGAGCUGGAGGUCCCCCUGGAGACGCUCCUACAGCCGCAGCAAGCUGGCAAAAUGGGAGACAGACGCAGAUUAUUGUUCCACCAUUAAACAAACAGCACCAUACAACAAGGGCACCAGACUGGUGGAUUUCAUGGAUAUGGUCAUACUGGACUUCCUCAUGAGCAACAUGGAUAGACACCACUAUGAAACCUUUGAGAAGUUCUCCAACAACACUUUCCUAUUGCACCUCGACAACGGACGAGCAUUUGGACGUCACUCCAAGGACGAGCCCUCGAUCCUCAUACCAUUGGAGCAGUGUUGCAGACUUCGUCGUUCCACCUGGCUACGCUUGCGCCUCCUGUCUCUGCCACAGUACCGCCUCAGCGACGUCAUGCGGGCCUCGCUCUCCCAUGACCCCCUUCAUGUCGUUGCCCCGCUGCUUUCUGAGCCCCACUUGGCUGCUCUGGAUCGGCGCUUGAAAACCGUGCUGGAGACCGUAAGUCAAUGCGUGAAGCAACAGAGCGAGGAGAACGGUGAUGGGGUCUUCUACGACGACCUUGACCUCCUCAAGGACAUGUAAACGCCCACUGCGUUGAGCAGUCCCACCUUAUAUGAUAUGUAAGUCAUUAUAAUCACCUAUUGAGGCAUCAGUUGUAUUUCAUGUUUACACUUAUGAACAAAAGUAAUGGGACAGCAGGCCUUCAAAAGACCUAUAUGUUAAAUAUUUGGUAAUGUAAGCUGAAAUGGAGUCUGGAUGCCUCAUUAUAAGGUCGUAUAACCCAGUGAUUUUCAACAACUGUGUGCCGUGAGGAAUUAUUCAAUAUCGCUUUUUUAAUUAACAUGUAUUAAUAAUUUUCUGCAAAUAUUAUGUCAUUGUCGCGUGUCAUUGGUGUAAAGACUGGCAGAGCAAUGCAAUAUUCGUCUGUGUGGCAACACGUAGCUGAUUGCCUCGUUCCUCUAAUAGACUUAGUGAUGCACGUGAGAGGUAGUGGUGACAUUUUGUAAUAUUGUUGUUUAAAUUUGUAUGCGGAUCAAGGAAAAAGCUGAAAGAAGCAAAUAAUGUUGGUUAUUGGUGUGCCGCAAAAUUUUUCCAACGUAAAAAACAUUCCGUGGCUCAAAAAAGGUUGAAAAACACUGGUAUAACCACAUGACUACUCCCAGCCAAUCAGUGAGAAAGGCUAAUAAUGAUAAUGGAAAAAAAAAAUUCUCGCAUCAUUUUAAGUUUUUUCAUCAUUCUAAAAAGUCACAAUUAUUUGCACUUUAUGUAUUUUAAUUGAGUGUCCUUCAAGGCCUUUUUGUGUGUGCAAAUGCAUAUUAAAGCCAGAACUAAUGAGUGUACAUCGUUGGUCGUCUGGCUGUCCUCAGCCUC